AAUCGUAAGUAAGAUAAAUUAAUAUUAUUGUGUGUUUAUUUAUUAUAUAUUGACACUUGUUCUGAAGGUUGUGUAAAUGUUGAAACCUUGACUUAUUUGUCCACUUAAUUUUAAACACGUCAGUUAUAUUCCAAUAAUAGUGUUACCUGCAUGUGUACAUCUACUAUGUGACAAACAAAAGAAGAAACAUUAUUUAAUUGAUUUUAAAAUGGCAAAUAACAGCAAGAGCGAAGAUCAAAGUGAGGAAAGUUUGAAGGAAGAUAAAGAAGAACCCAAAAUGAGCUCGGCUGAAGAACGUUCUGAAUACUUUAAGAAGUUGGAAAAAUGGUUACAAGAAGCUUAUGCUUGGCAAAGUGUCGCUGCUAUGUUUCCUUAUUAUGUGAUGUCCAAUCAAGUUUUAAAUUUAUCAGGUGCUAUGCCAUUUGGUUCCUCGAUUCCAACAACAACAAGUGCGCAAAGAAUUAACACAGCUACUCCUCCACAACAAAAUGAUCUACAAAGGCAGAGAAGACCACAAGAAACUGCUCCGCCACAUUUUCAACGGGCUGAAGCUGAAGGAUUUGAAUUUCGUAUACCACCGGUAUGGAAACGACUGGCAGCAGAAUUCAUAGAUUCUGCAAUGUUGUUUCUUUUGAGAAUUUCUAUUUCUUUUGUCAUCAUCGAUUUUUUUGAUUUUAUAGGCUUAGAAGAUUCGGAAUUACUACAAACGAAUCUACCUAUUGAUUAUAAAAUGUUUAUAGAAGUAACAUAUGGAACUAUAUUACUGGAAAUAAUAAAUCGUAUAGCAGUGUGCAUUUUGGAAGCCUUCUGGCUACAACGUGGAAUGAAUGGUCGCAUAGGUGGUACUACUCCAGGAAAAUCUAUAAUGGGUUUGCGAGUUGUUCAAUGUCGAAAUGUUGUACCAGCGGAUAGAGCAGAUGAUCCAGACAUGGUGUACGUUCAACCGGGUACUGAUUUGGGUUUUCCAUUGGCAUUUAGUCGGGCUGUAAUAAAAACUUUAAUAUUAUCUUCUGUUUUUCCUAUAUGUUUUGGAGUAUUCUUUUUUAGAUUUAAUAGAACGGGUUAUGAUUUAAUUUGUAAUUCUAUCGUUAUAGAGGAUCCUUACAGGAAUGUAAAUAAUAAUAAUAAUAAUAAUAAUAAUAGGAAUCGUCGGUAGAUAUUAAUUCUUAACAAAACAAUAUGCAUAUGGAGUGAGUCAACUAAAUUUUGUAUCUGAAAGCGUUUUUUCUUUUUGAAUAAAAAAAUGAUUACAUACUUUUAAAAAGAA